AUGUCUUCUAAUGAUUCUGCACACCCAAGGCUCUCAGGCUACGCGCUUUUAGCCUCCGUCCAUUUCAAGGUUUCCGGUAUGAACUUCCCAUACUGGCAGCGCCGCAAAGUCGACAAAUGCGCAGAUUCGUUCUACACGGAAAAGGCAAAGAAGUUCUUCAAGGCGUACGGCAUCAAAUUGAACAAAGCGACGUGCUGCUUUGUGAGUGGGCCGUCAGCGAGGCUGAAGGACAGCGUCAGUUCAUGUGCAAUACGUAAGGUGCUCGCGGCGGCCGUGGACAAGUAUCAGUCGCUACCUUGGGACGAAGAAUAUCACAGAGCGAACCACGUAUCUCAAGCUCCCGGCUCACUGAUAAUGCACUCCAGAGAUUCCGUCAUGUUCUCAAACCUGGUUCCAAUACUACUGCCGCUCAAGGCCCCUGUACCUGAGGAGGACUCAGGAAUACAAUUACCCAAGCGGCCAGCCUCGCCUACCCUCGACGAACCUUCAGGGCCGAAACGGCGGCGGACGGAUCCCGCCACGCAUAAUCCAGAGCCCAAAGCCCCGGAAGAUACGCACGCUCGUGUUCAACUGGCUACCCAAGGUGGACGCCCCUCAUUGAAAUCAACGCCUCUGUUCUACCCCUCCGACACCGAGAGCAUCUUUGGUUCCUCCCCUGUGCUUGGUCUCAAGAGUUCAGCUUGGGAUCUCGGCUAUCUGGCUACGCCCACAGGUGUCUCGGCGCAGACUCAACAAGGCGAACAAGGUGGCCUCGCGGAGAAGGAGAACAAGCCCGUCGCCGGAAGUUCUAGAAGCGGCAGCUAUUCGACUAACGGCCGCGGUCGCGGUGCAGCCCGUGGUCUCAAAAUACUGGGAAUGUUGCACACAGAACGCCUUUUCGACGUGCCGCAGAUGACCGCCACGACUGGCGACUCAAAGGGGGGACCUGCGCCGUCCGGAUCGUCGACCGUCUUCGGCACGCCCAAAGGUCUUAUGGCAUCUUCGUCGCUGCGUCUGAAUUCUACGUCGAGCACUCUGGCUGGUACCGACGCUGUGGCUCUGACUGGAGAAGGGAACGCCGUCUUGGGUGCUGCUAUCUCUGGCUCUGUGUCUUCCUCGAUGGAUACCACCGCUCGGAGCUCUGUCCCUUCUCACGCCCUGUCCGAGACCAAGACACUGCAAGGCCGGCUCGCUGCACGGGGAAACGACGUCAAUGAUGCUUCGAGCGCUCCGAAAUCUAAUGAGCCCAUGAGCAAUAGCGUGAAGCAGGGGGGAGAGGAGGGAGAGAGGUCGGAGUGGGCGAUCCGUAUGCAGCGCCUGGACGUAUCGGCCAGAAUGUGA